CUUUGCGUGUCUUUAUUUUGGCAGCUCUUGUCCACGUCCCCAUGUGAGUUCAGGUUACAUACAUAACCCAACGUCUCCCUUGGGUCGUGUUGUGUUUUCUUCGUGAUCCCUGCACACACUGCUGCUGCAUCUUGUCUACUCAGCUGGAUUGGAGCAAGGUUAUGGUUCUUGGCUAUAACAGCUGUAUUAAAAAAAACAUCUGAAACAUGAAAUAUUAAAAGAAUAGUGAAAUCUAAUGAGACUAUGGUAGCCUUUGCAUACCAAAAAGGAUGUAAACAUCUUUAAAGAUGAUUGCUGUAACCUUUUUUGUUCAAUUCAAUGUUUGAGAAGUCAUCGUUGGACAGUAGCAUCUUGAAAUGUGCAGUUAGUUACAGUAAACCCUGAAGGAUGGAAGUCAAACAUUUGCAACGCUUACCUAGUGAUUUGAAUGUGAAAUUAGUGAGAGUAAAACUUGUGUGGUGGGGGUUGUUUGUCUGAACUAAAGCUCAGCAGAACAGUGUUGGGUUGGGCUUUCAAACAUACAGACAAUAAAAUCUCCCUUUUCCUUCAGCCAGUCUUGACAUCAUUGUCCAACCAGUGGCUAUUAAAGUGUUCAUCUGUGUCUGUGUGGGGACUCCAUGGAUACAAGAAACAGCAGCAGCAGCAGCGGCAGGUCCGUGUUCUGGUGUUUUAAAGACCGCAGCUUUGAAAAGGAGAAGAUGCAAUGUGUGUGUGUGUGUGUGUGUGGUCCAUGCCACUGAAAGCCUAAAAGCCUCAGUCACCACACAGCUUCAGCAGCUCCUGUUGUGUCCAGUCCCAGCUCUUUGGAAUAAACAGUUUUUUGGACCAGAAAAUGUUUGUCACGAUUCUGUUCGGAGACGGCAGGAUGGAAAUGUACAAUCUCAACUGUCGGCUGAUUAACUUCAUCCACCACUUAAAGGAGAGGUGCAGUCUGGACUUUAAAGAGUGUGUGGAGCUGAUGGACAGCAGUGGAGCAGUAAUGAACUUAGAGGAGAAGCAGCACAGUGACACUCGGGCCAGCAGCGUGCUCACACAGAGACAACACUACGUGCUGCUGCGGGUCUGCCGAGACGAUGACACUGGGAUUCGGAAAUAUGUGUCUCUCUUAAACAACUGCAGUCAGAGUCCCCUGGAGUUAACAGAUCUGCUGAAGAAACUGUCAAACCUCAACAAGGAGGGGGACAAACGGGUCCGAGGAGGACGGACACACGGGAGAAAACCUGGCAACCGAACCAGGAGCAAGACCAUCUCUGCAAAUAACAAGAAGAAAUCAAAUGAAUAAUUUAAGCUGUGUAUCAGUCACUACACACUCAAGACACAAAGGUGCACUUAACACAC